GCUGGAGAAUUGAAAAGGCACGCGGGGGCCGAGACGGAGCAGGAGAGUGGCAGGAGACGCUGGCGUUGGUGACGCUGGAGACGCUGGUGUCGGUGACGCUGGUGACGCUGGUGCUCGAUUCUCCUCCUCGUGUCUCGCAGCUGGAAGGAGAGGAUAUCCCAAAGGAGCGAGUGCAGGCGGGGAAGGCUGCCGGGUGCACGAUGAACCCGCAGCUCACUCGCCAAUCUGCCUCACGUUCUGCAGCAGCAGUGGCAGCAGAAGCAGCAGCAUCGCCAUCCCACAUUUAGUCACCCCCGGUUUGGCACAGCCCCCGUGUCUCCCAGAGCACUACCUCCGUGUUGACGAGUCUCUGGUGGACGCAGAAAGCCAGGAAGUGACCUCCAAUUGAACAGCAGCGGCGUUACCUCCACCGGCACCGGCGCCGAAUCGGCAUUCUCGUCGCGUGACAUUUCGAGUUUGGACGAGCGAGCGGAGGAGAGCGGCAUGGGCUGCACGCUCCACGGGAGAGGUCCGCAUUGAUUGGACGGCAGCCAUCGCCACGCUGCUGCGCCAUCGCGGGUCCCCGUAGUGAACGAGCCGCCUCGCGGCUGCCUCGCUCCGCGCCGCUGCAGCAGCUGCAGCGGCUGCAGCGCGACCGGGUACCGGCCCCACAACACAGAAAGACUACGGCGGCGGCCCUUGGCUCGCCCAGGCUUCUUCACCCCAUGGGCAGCGUCGUACCGGUGUCUUCCUCAUUCAGAACAACGGGUUUAUGUACAUUUUAUGGAUGAUUUGAAGAUGGACAAAAGGAGGUAAGGACAUAAGAAUUAAAACUUAGACCGGGCAUUUGAGCAAACAGAACUAAAAUCUUGACUUAAAGCUUUCGUGACUGCAGGAAUUCAUAUUCUUUGGGUCUUUUGGUAAAGUCACAUAGAUAGGUUUGUUAUUUUCUUUGAACCUAUCUACGUGACUUUACAGACAGAAAGAGCCGUUUUUUAAAAUACAGAUUCUGAAGGUGUGCGGUGAGUGGCCGUGGUACGAAUCCUAACGCUGGGGCGUGAGAUCCCCGGGGCGAAGUCGGCGGAGUCGAGGCAUUUGGGCGGCCCGGCCGAGGAGCGGAGACAACGAGGAGAGUGAUUGGCGGGUGGGAGAGAGAGGAGGAUCGCGAGGCGCCUUUGGAUUCGGUCGCCUUCGAGCACCUUCAUCAGAAACGGCGACAAAGUUCACAUAGACGCCUUGAAACAGGGACGGAUAUAGAGGGGGGGGGGGGGUUGCGGACGAGGAGGACUGAGGAGCCCGCGGAACGCCACACGAGGAGCGGCCGUGACGGACGUGCGCAGCCAUGUCCGGCGAGGAGGAGACCGUGGACCUGAGCUUCCUCACCGAGAUGGAGAAGGAAUCCAUCCUGGGCGUGCUGCAGAGGGACAAGACGCUGAGGGAGAUGGAGGCGCAGAGGGUUCGGCGGCUGCGUCGCGAGCUCGAGCGCCUGCGCGAGAAGGGAGCGGCCCGGGGUCAGGGCCGCGGCCAGCAGGCCCUGGUGGCUGUGCAGUCCGCAGGCGAGGGCGUCCCCCACGGGAGCUGCGCGCGAUGCCUGCAGCCCUUGGGCUGGGCCUGGCUGGCCGGUGGGGACCUGUGCCCCGCGUGCCUGCAGCGCGUGUGCCGCGCGUGCCGGGUGCCCGCCAAGGGGGGGGGCGGCAGUGCGCGCGCGGGAGGCGGCGAGUGGCAGUGCGAGGCAUGCCACCGUGAGGCGGAGAUCCGCACCGCCUCGGGGGAGUGGUUCCGCCAGGCUCGUGCCGAGCGCUUCUCUUGCGCAGCGAGCGAUGGGAGCGACAUCGUCACGGCAUCGCUGAGACGCCGGCAGAAGAAAAAGCGCGAGGCUGCGGGGGACAUCUUCCUGGAGUCGCACGCUCGCGCCCCGGAGCAGCUCGCCAAGCCCAACAACGGCCUCGGGGCCGGCACCCCCACGGCCACGCGCUCCGCCUCCAAGAAGCCGGCCGACAACACCAAAAGCUACGGGCUCAGCAGGAAGCCGUCCAAGUCACGGAACAAGCGGGGAGACGAGGCCACCCACGGCGUGCUGCACCACGACGCUCAUGCCGCCAAGGAGAGAAGCAACCCCAAAGCGGACUCCGUGGGCAAGGCGGUGCCGCCGUUCAUCGGCGGCACCGCGUCCCGCGCCGAACACAGCCCCUCGGCUAAUCCCAGCGACGCGGCGCCCGGCGGCAGGGGCAACGUCAUCGUCGCCACCGCCGCAGUGGGCAUUGCCUCCGCCGCCCCCCCAACCCCCGGCGGGUCGGUGCCGUCGGCCGGCUCCCUGCUACCCCCUCCGGACGGCAUCUCGUUGGGGAGCCGAGGUUCCCCGCCGCGCAGGCGCGACGGCUCACGCACCGACUCCAAUGGGAACCGCGUGUCCUCCUCAUCUCCAUCGUCCUCUGGGUUUCCGUCGCCCCCCGCCAGUCGCCUGGCGACGACUUCCACGCUGUCGCCGCCUAACAGGUCGCCCGGGCCCAAGAUGGAGGGCCCCGCGCGAGGGAAGGAGACCCCGACGCGAUCCCCGCAGGGGAGCAGGGUGGGUGGAAAGUCGAGCAGCGAGAGCCCUCACCCCCCGUCGGCGUCCGUCUCCUCUCCCUCCACCGUGUCAUGGGGCAGCUCUGACGCGCCAGCCGGAGCAUCUCCUGUCCCAGCCUCCCCCGCCCGCUCCAUCCCCAGCAUCGGCACUCCCGAGCACAAGUCUGAUUGUACGGAAGACCCCCUGGUGUCUCCCAACCAGACGCUGAGUAACACCAGCAGCCUGCUCAGCACCGCCAACCAGCUCACCCCCGAACGGAUGAAGCGCUUGACCCUCCCUGACCAUGAUGGCGACUCCGCGAGCCUGUGCAGCAGCAGCAGCCUGUGCAGCGACACGGACGCCCCUCCCAGGAGCGGCGGAGCGGCUCGCGUCUCCGGCGACAUCAACUUCUCGGUGUCGUACGACUACCGCGUGGGCGUUCUCUCGCUCACCCUGCGCCAGUGCCGCAACCUGGCGUACGGGGAGGAGCGCACCAAGCGCUGUGACCCUUACGUCAAGGUGUACCUCCUGCCUGACAAGUCUCGCCAAGGCAAGCGGAAAACCAAGAUCAAGAAGAACACCAUCAACCCUGUGUUCAACGAGACACUGAAGUAUGCGAUCAGCCACACGCAGCUGGAGGUCCGCUGCGUCCACCUCUCCGUGUGGCACCACGACAGUUUCCGCCACAACUCCUUUCUGGGCCAAGCGUCGCUGCCGCUCGACUGCUGCGACCUGGAGCGCGGGGACGACCGCUGGUGUGCGCUGCAGCCCCGGGUGGAAAACAUCACAGAGGCGAGCCCCCAGUACAAGGGCGAGCUCAUCCUUGCCCUCAAGUACAUCGCCCCCACCGAGCAGCCCCAGCCCGAGUCUCCUCCCGGUGAGUCUCCUGCUGACGGCAAGGGGAAGGGGAAGAGGCGGCCCCUGCCCACGGGGGAGCUGCACAUCAACAUCAAGGGCGCCAAGAACCUGACGGCAGCCAAGGCCGGGCGCACUUCCAACCCCUUCGUCAAAGGAUACCUCCUUCCGGAUGAGCACAAGGUGACGAAGCAGAAGACCCCUGUGGUACGCAAGACGGUCAACCCAGUGUGGAACCACACGUUCAUCUUCGAGGGGCUGCCCGUUCAGGAGCUGCCCGAGGUCAGCCUGGAGCUCACGCUCUGGGACCACGAGUCUCUGUCCAGCAACCACUUCCUGGGUGGUGUGCGGCUGGGCACUGGCACAGGCUUCAGUUACGAGCGAGUGGCGCCGUGGAAUGACGCUCGCGGGGACGAGCAGGCGGCGUUCCUGCGCAUCGCCGAGACGCCGGGAGUGUGGGUCCCCGUGGCGCUCAUGCUCCGUGCCAACAUGGAGGCUCGCGCGUUCUGAGCUCGAGGCCAUCGCCGGAGUGCCACGCCGCAGCCGCCACCGUGAAGGCAGAACGACGCUUCUCCACAGCAGGAGCGGAGGAUUUGAUUAUCUCAGACCAAAUGUGCGCCGCGUCCUUCGCCUCCUUUUAACGACGACGCUAAAAGUGCGAUUAAAGAAAGACGCGAGCCAAACAAAAGUAUGUGGGGGGGGCAUUUAAUUUGGUCGAUAAAGUAGCGUCGAUCAUCUGGGAGUGCAGCAGUUUGGACUUUCGUGAGUGGGUACACCAUCUACCAGGUGAACUCGAAUAGUGUCGCCACCUUUUCCACAAAACUCGGACAUGUUUCUGACACAUUUCUCAAAACUCGUUCAAUCAGAAACGGUGCAGUAUCCUGUCGUACAGUUCAACACAAUACCGGUACCAGAUCUCGGUACAAAUCAAAUUGUGCCACCCGGACAGACACAUGCCAAUUUCCUGGUCCGUCUGGAUCAAACCCGGGACAAGUGGAAAACUCACCUCCGCAGACUUUAAAAUCCCAACGGCACAUUGCAGAGGGAUACAGCCAACCGCAGGGCAGUGGUGCCACUAGAGGGUGCUACAACAUCACUCCCUGACGUGUGGCGCGUCCUUAACGCAUGAGAUGUUUGUAUUUGGGUCGCGUCUCCUUUAAAGUCGCACAGUGCGUGGUCGUUAACGUUUGCACCCCGCUCCUCCUCCGUUUGCGCCGGCAUCCUCACGCCUCUCGACGUCACAGCGGCCCCACUGCCUCAUCACCACCACCAGACCGACUGGCCUCGCCGCCGCUCACCGCACAUGUCCACCAGCCCUUUUCUCGUCCACUUCUGGACGAGGGCCUCCCUCUGCCACAUUUCACCAUCUUCACCACACCAAGCAGUAGAGGUCGGCGAAGAUGUGGCGGCACACACGGUGGGACGUAGCACAGUACUGUACAACCUACCCAAUUUUAUGCACGGCUGUCGCCCGCCCAAGUACCGUCCAGGCUCAAGCCCUGCUUAACUUCCGAAGUGGGACAAGAUCGGGUGCAUCCUGGGUGAUUCUGUCAUCGGCUCCUGCCUCGGUAAUCUACACAACAAACGAACAGUGGAUAAAUAAAAUAGGUGUAAGGUUUUUCCACUGCCGUGAAGCAGGCACAUUUGAUCAAAAGUGAAAUGUGUCGUCAAAUGUACCCUGUGUAUCUAGAACACGUUAAUUUCAUAAUUUUGUGAGGUUUUUUUCCUUCAUACGAGGUAACAAAAAAUGUUCGUCAGAAACACCGCACUGCUAUUUACAACCAAAAUAUUCGUCCUCGUGUAAAUUCGAGUGUUACCAGUCAGCGUCUUGGUACGGGUUGGGUACGGGCACCAACACAAGACAGUGAGAUGUGUUCCCCUGCCCAAUUGACUCCUUCAUAGCACCGAGCCUGGAACCACUCUAAACCCAUAAGCUAGGCCUGCCACCUUUCCACGGAACAAGGCUGGGCAUGUUUCUCAGCCAGCCUAGCUCCAUCAAAGCUGUGCGGUAUUCUGUAACCAUAAAAAAGGUUCAACACCAUCCCGGUACCAGGCCUCAGUACAAAUUAACUCCUCUGCCACCGGGACACAGAAGCCGAUUCCUGGGUAUCGUUACACCGGCAUGCACGCUCGAUAGUUUACGCCACUGUGAUCCGCUGUACUUUUGUGUUGAUUCACUGCAAUGAGCUGCAGAGAUCCAAUACAAAUGCCUUUUGGGGUUCCGCUGGCCAAUUAUUUAAUUCGACAAAUUCGCUUAACGACGCAUGCACGCAUCAAAACGUGCACGCGUCAGUCCUGAAGUGGGUUCACGUGACCCCUGCAGCAAACUUUAGGCGCCACAUUUUGCACGGUGGAAAAAAAUCGAGGAUUGACUCUUGGAGCAUCGUGAGGAUCCAUCGCAUUAUGCGGAAGGGGCUGGGGAUCGCGGCACGCCGAGUGACGAUCUCCCGUUCCCGCCAUCCGACCGCCUCCCCAGCAUAUACUUAUUAUAUUUCCGUGGUACUUUGCAUGCUUUUGAUUACAGUAUUUAUACGGCUAUUUUAUAGGUAUUCUGCAGUGUGCAGACAUAUGGCAGUGUUACGCUAUGGUGGUAGAGUUAUGUGAUGUGACGAAGCUUGCAACAAAUUAGCAAUUGUAUCUAUCUCUGAUGUCUCAUGGUAUGCUACCAUAGAGGUGCCGUCAUGAAGAACAAAAUAAUGACACGUUUUUAAUAAAGUUUGCCGUUUCAAA